UCAAAACAAGAAGUCCGCAUUCUUAUUUUCACUUUAAUUUGUAUUAAUUGGGCUAAUUAGCCCAUAUAUGUAAUACGUUUCUCGGAGAGAAUAGAGAACAGAAAAAAGAUGGGUAUUUCUUGAUAUUCACACUCAAUAAAAUAAGCAAACAUGAUGAAGCAGUCAGGCACUUCUUCAACGGCUAAACUUUUGAUUGAGGUCUGUCUAAUUUCAGCUCGAGGGCUGCCAUACUCUUCGCGUUGGAAGUAUCAAUGGUACGCCGUUGGUUGGAUCGACCCCAACGACAAGUACUGCACCAAGAUUGAUGCUUCUGGAAACCCAAAUCCUGUGUGGAAUACCAAGUUCACGACUGUUAUCGAUACCUCAGAAGUAGAGUUCCAGGAUGUAACGUUGAAUGUUGAGGUUUACAGCAGGGAACCCCUCUUUCUCCGAGAGAAGCUUCGAGGUACUGCAACUGUUAUGUUGAAGGAGUUCUUGGUUAAACACUGCAAGAACUCUGAAGGCUCUAAACAGAUGGUCGAAGAUGUAGGAAGCUUUCAGUUGAGGAAGAACUCCAAUAAACCUCAAGGUUUUAUUGAUGUUUCUAUCAGGAUCUUAGAAGAAACUGUUGGGACAAGCUCAUUGUUUCAUUUAGGUAACGAGGACGGAUUCAAUUUAAGGGACAGCACCAAUAGCAUUACCGCAACAAGUGAUGGAGGGUCAUUGCAUUCUCACCCAGCCGGACAUGUUGAACUGCCAUUUCACCAGCCGGGGAAUAUUCGUCCGCCUGGAUCUAUCGGAGAUCAUCCGUAUAAUCAUCCUAUGCAAUACCCACCAAACUAUUCAAACCCUGCUAUUGCCGGGUCAAGUAAUCCAUCCGCCACGUCUGGCCCCAAUUACCCAGUAAAGCCAAGUUAUCCACCAACCAGUAACCCUGGUUACCCUGCACCUCCAUCAUACACACCACCUCCACCUCAGCCACCUUCUCAUGUUGGUUGUGUGCCCACUUUUCUCCCAGGAAUUCAUGGUCAACCCUCAUCAUAUAUUAACAUGCCAUCAGGAGCUGGACGGGGUAUUGGGCCCGAAUUUGGAGCGGGUUUGGGUGCUGGAGCACUAGCUGCUGGUGCUGUGAUCUUUGGUGAUGAUAUUAUAUCUGGAUUUCAACUUCCAGCUGUAGGAAUGCAAGAUGCUAGUCUUCUAAUAUCAACUGAUCCUCCUUUCUGACAAGAACUUAGACUUUUUGAGUUUUUGUGCUGCCCUUUAGAUUGUACCGUCAAAAGUAUCAUCUUGUGAGUUAUGAAAUGAUUAAUUUGCGCAUAGGGGACUAUUUUACAGUUUGAAAACAAGAUUAAGCUGCAUAAGUAAUAGUUCACCAAUUUUCUCAUCUCAUUUAUAUAUUUCAUUCUAUCUAUAUUUGUUUUCUGUAUUAUUUUCCAACUACAAAUUAAAAUUACUUAUUAAUUAGAGUUGUAUAGGUAUCUAUUUUGAUCAUAAAUAAUUAUUCUCCUCAUUUUGUC